AUGGCUCCAGGGAAUCUGACCAGAGUGACUGAGUUCAUUCUCAGGGGAGUCUCAGACCUUCCAGAGCUUCAGAUCCCGCUUUUCUUUGUUUUCCUGCUCAUUUAUGGGCUGACGGUGGCAGGGAACGUGGGCAUCAUCACCCUCACCAGCGUCGACGCCCAACUCCAAACCCCCAUGUACUUUUUCCUCCGCCACUUGGCUAUCAUCAACCUUGGCAACUCAACUGUCAUUGCCCCUAAAAUGCUGGUGAACUUCUUGGUUACAAAGAAGACCAUAUCUUACUAUGGAUGUGCAGCCCAGCUGGGUGGCUUCUUAGUUUUCAUUGUGGCUGAGAUUUUCAUGCUGGCAGCAAUGGCCUAUGACCGCUAUGUGGCCAUUUGCAAUCCCCUGCUCUACAUGGUGGUGGUGUCCCCACAGAUCUGCUUCCUCCUGGUUGGCCUCACCUACCUCUACAGUAUGACCACUGCACUCACCGUGUCCUCCUGUGUCUUCUCUGUGUCGUAUUGCUCUAACAAUGUCAUCAACCACUUUUACUGUGAUAAUGUCCCUUUGCUAGCCUUGUCUUGCUCAAGUACCUAUAUUCCAGAAACAGCGGUAUUUACCUUUUCUGGGACUAAUCUGUUUUUCUCUAUGAUUAUUGUGUUAGUAUCCUACUUUAACAUUGUCCUGGCUAUUUUGAGGAUCCGUUCUGCUGAGGGGCGAAAAAAGGCCUUUUCUACCUGUGCUUCUCACAUGAUGGCUGUCACAGUGUUCUAUGGGACUCUUCUCUUCAUGUAUUUGCAACCUAGGACCAACCACUCCUUAGAUACUGACAAAAUGGCCUCUGUUUUCUACACUCUUGUGAUACCAAUGCUGAACCCCCUCAUUUACAGCCUCAGGAACAAGGAUGUGAAGGAUGCUUUGAAAAGAUUCCUGAGUAAUCCGUGGCAAUCACUCAAACGAGUAUAA